AUGCCACAGCUUAUCAUUGCAAGAGUUGUAGCAGGUUUAGGUGGUGCUGGCUUGGGUACAUUAAGCUCAAUUGUUGUUAGUGAUUUGGUUCCUCUUAGUGAGAGAAGCACUUACAAUGGGUUUGCAAAUUUGGUGUAUGGGUUUGGUCAAGUCAUUGGUGCUCCUAUUGGUGGUUAUCUAGCUGAUUCUGUUGGUUGGAGAUUUGCGUUCUUGAUUCAAUGUCCAAUAACACUAAUAUCUUUAAUUGUUAUCAAAUGGAAAGUUACUAUUCCUGUCAGUUAUAUCUCAGCGAAACCCUCGCUUAGAAAUGUUGAUUUCAUAGGUUCUGGGCUACUAAUUGUUGCCAUAGUUUCAUUGUUAUAUGUUUUGCAAUUAGUUGGUUCUGAUUAUACGUUGUCCUCGCCAGCUAUUACAGGAACAAUAAUACUAAGUAUGAUCUCUUUCAAUCUAUUCUUCUAUGCAGAAUCUAAGGUUAAAAACCCUAUUGUUUUAUUGAAUGUGAUAUUGUCUAGAAAUCCUUUACUUUCUGGUCUUACAAAUUUUUUUGGGUAUAUGGGAUCUUUUGCGAUAAUGUUUAAUGUACCAUUAUUUCUUCAGGUUGUUGUUGGUGAAUCUGCUAGUCUUGCUGGAUCUCGCCUUAUUACAUAUGUCAUAGGAAUGUGUUUUGGCUCUUUAACUGCAGGUGCACUCAUCAGAUACACACAAAGGUAUUAUCAUACCAUCAUCAGUGGUGUAUUAUUUGAAAUUUUUGGAUCAAUCACUAUCAGUACUUUACAGAAAUCGUCACCUUCGUGGAAAUACCAGUUAUAUAUGUUUCCAGGAGGUAUUGGUCAUGGUUUUAUAUUGAGUGCAUCUUUAAUGGCCGUUAUUUCAUCUGUCGGAAGAGAAGAACAAGCAAAGGCUACUUCAGUCAGUUACCUUUUCAGAGUUUUUGGUGGUGCAUUCGGUAUCUCACUAACUGCUUCUGUGAAUAAUUUUUUUUUAAGAAAUGAGCUAAAUAAGGCAUUUAGUGGCAUUGAGAACAAAACUGAGCUUAUAUCAUCUAUUUUGAAUUCCAUUUCAAUGAUCAAUAAAUUACCACCACAUUUGGCUACUUUGGCACAAAAUUGCUAUGAUAAUGUCAUUCAUAAAACGUUCUACUUGAUAAUCCUGGUUCAAAUAAUAUCAGCAUGCUUUGCAAUAUUUAUCAAAGAAUAUCCUUUAUCUAGACAAUAA